AUGUAAUUGCCAUGUAUGUUCUGUGAUCAUAAAGGGAGUCUGCCAGAAUUAUUGAAUAUGGUAAACAUCAAAAACAUUCAAGGCUCUUUAUUCAAGGUAUCAGACUGAUUUUUGUUAACUAUAAUUACGAAGUCCAACUACAAUUCGUUUCUAAGAUUAGGCAUGUUUUGAAGAGUUGGAAGAGUAUUUCAAAUUGUAUAAGCUCUAGUUAUUUAGUAUAGUUAUUACACAUUUCCAUAUUUGAAAGAUAAUUAAAAGCAGUUGAUUGAAUAUUAUAGAUAUCAUAGAGACAUACCGCGUAUUUUCAUAAAGAAUAUUACUUCUUAAUUAGAAGCUUAUCAUGAAAAGUAGAGAGAGAUCAGAUACAAGAAAAUAAAAAAAUAAUUAGGGAUGCAUGUUUAAGACACAACAAGAGAUAAUAUGAUAUAUUCAUUUAAAGCUUUAAAAGGACUUAGUGAAUUAUAGACUACAAGACAGUUGCAAUAAUUAGUUAAAUAGAUUAAACCUAUUGUUUAUGAUAAAAGUGGAAUUGCUACUUUGAUAUAAAAAUAAAAAUAGUAAAUGUUACAAUCUCCUCAAUUGAAGAGAUUAUUAAAAAUUGAUAAUAUUAAUACUGCUACUACUUAAGCUACAAAGAGAACUUAUCAUACUUAUCAUACUCUUUAGGAUGUAAAAAAGAAAGGUCACAAAAAACAACUUACUUUAUGCACAGAGUACUCUCCUGAUGAUAGGAAUGAUUUCUAUAAGAGAUGGUCUGAUGUUUUAAGUCAUAGAUAAUUAUAAUAUCAUAAAAAUAAAAUAAAAUGUACUCUUCUCAACAAAAAGAAAUCACUUAAAUGA